GCCUAUAUAGUCAAACACGAACCAAUUCGAACGAAUUGACUCCAAAGUUGUGGAGUCGACUCUCUGUUAGCAAUGCCUGGAAUCGGAGUAUCGACUCUUUUUGGGGUCGACUCCUGGCCACACUGACAUGCGCACCAAAGACCAGAGGGGGGGAGAGAGAGAGAGAGAGAGAGAGAGAACGAGCUAGAGUAUUGUUCUUUUACAGAGGCGUUUGCUAGUUCCGGCAGUUGUGUUUCUGAGCUGAGGGUCGCUCUCUGUGUGUGUGUUGUGUGUGUGUGUGUGUGUGUGUGUGUGCGCGCGUGCGUGUGCGUGUGCGCGCGCUCUGAGCCUUGAGUGUCCCCCGGUGCACGAUGGCGUUCAUCAGGAAAAAGGAGCGCUGUAAAGAGAGGUUUUCACUGCUGUUACUAGACCUGGAGGAAUAUUAUUUUGAGCAGCACACUGCAUAUUGGGUGGCUGCUCUCCCGAACAGAAAUAUUCGAGGCUCACUAAAGAUCUGUUCCAAAUCAGUCAUUUUUGAGCCAGAUGAGAUGAUUGAGCCUAUUUUAAAGAUCCCACUGAAAGACUGCAGGCGGAUAGAAGCAGUGGAGAUGAAUGAGUCCAAUCCUUUUAAAGAAACCAAGCCUGCAUCUGUACUUAUUGAAACCAAACAGGUUUUUCUUAUUAAAGAGGGGAAUGUUGUUGCUCCAUACAAAUAUGAAAGGGGAGAAAGAAGUGUCAGAUUCCAGCUGGUGAUGCCCACAAAAACAGAAGAUGUUGUCCAGACAUUGCUGCAGUUACAUAGAGCAUCAUGUCUGGACAGGCUGGGGGACCAGACAGCCAUGAUUGCUGCAAACUUGCAAUCCAGGUUGGCGAGAACAUCUUUUGAUAAGAACAGCUUUCAGAGUGUGUCUGAGCGGCCACAUAUGGAGUGUAAGGCUGAGAUGGUGACCCCUCUGGUGACCAACCCUGGCCACGUCUGCAUCACAGACCACAACCUGUACUUCCAGCCCCUUAAUGGUUACCCUGAUUCAGUUGUGCACAUUGGGCUCCACAGCGUCCGGCGCAUCUACAAAAGAAGACAUGGCCUGAGACCGCUGGGGCUGGAGGUGUUUUGCACAGAGAAUGAUCUGUGUUCAGAUAUCUACCUAAAGUUCUACAAUACUGAAGACAGGGAUGAACUUUACUACUACAUUGGCACUUUCCUAGAAAACCACAUAGCAGAGCACACAGCGGAGAGUUACAUGCUGCACUGGCAGAGAGGCCACAUCUCCAACUACCAGUACCUGCUGCACCUUAACAACCUGGCAGACCGCAGCGUUAACGACCUCUCACAGUACCCCGUGUUUCCUUGGGUCCUCAGCGACUACACUAGCCCACAACUGGAUCUGUUGAACCCUGCCUCUUUUCGGGACCUCAGUAAACCUGUGGGAGCUUUAAACAGAGAGAGACUGGAAAGGCUACUGGAGCGUUACAAGGACAUGCCUGAACCACGUUUCAUGUAUGGUAGUCAUUACUCCUCUCCUGGAUACGUCCUUUUCUACCUUGUGAGAGUGGCUCCAGAGCACAUGCUGUGUUUGCAGAACGGCCGUUAUGACCAUGCCGACCGAAUGUUCAACAGUAUUGGAGAUACCUGGAAGAACUGCUUAGAGGGAGGUACUGACUUUAAAGAGUUGAUUCCUGAGUUCUAUGGCACAGACUGCAGUUUUCUGAAGAACAUGCUGGGCUUAAAUCUGGGUCGGAGGCAGGGUGGUGGGCGAGUAGGAGAUGUGGAACUUCCUCCCUGGGCCACAGAUAUGGAAGACUUUCUGCAGAAGAUGCGCUCUGCAUUGGAGAGUCAGUAUGUGUCGGAGCACUUGCACGAGUGGAUUGAUUUGAUCUUUGGUUACAAACAGAGAGGGAGUGAAGCUGUUGCAGCCCACAAUGUUUUUCAUCCAUUAACAUAUGAGGGUGGCAUCGACUGUGACAGUAUUGAGGACCCAGAUCAGAAGAUAGCGAUGCUAACACAGAUUCUGGAGUUUGGUCAGACUCCCAGACAGCUUUUCACCAAACCUCAUCCUCAACGCAUCACACCCCGAUUCCACAACGUCUCGGCAGGGACGAGCCUCAGCACAUCGCCCAAUGACCUCUCGCCAGGUUUCAGUUCUCCCAGUAUGGAAUCGUUUGAGGAUCUGACAGAGGAAAGCAAGACACUUGCCUGGAGCAACAUGAACAAACUCACACUACAGUCCAGUCACAAGAUACACAAAGAGCCAGUGACAGGAAUUGCGGUGACUCUAAGUGGUUUGUCCGUUUUCACAACAUCUCAAGACUCUACCUUAAAGAUGUUUUCUAAAGAAAGCAACGCACUACAGAGGAGUGUGUCCUUUUCCAACAUGGCAUUGUCCUCUUGUGUGAUACUGCCUGAGGAUAAAACUGUGGUUUGUUCUUCUUGGGAUAAUAAUGUGUACUUUUAUUCAAUAGCAUACGGCAGAAGGCAGGACACACUCAUGGGUCAUGAUGAUGCUGUGAGUCAGGUUUGCUGGAGAGAAGACCAGCUUUACACGGCAUCAUGGGACUCCACUGUGAAGGUGUGGAAGUGUGUAGCUGCAGAUAUUUCCAAUAAUAAGAGGUCGCAGUUUUUGCUGCUAGCUGAGUUGGAGCAUGAGGCUGGGGUUAACACUAUAGCUCUAAGUCCUGCUGGCACGCUCUUGACAUCGGGCACAAAAGAGGGCACCCUCAGUGUUUGGGAUCUUACCAGCUUCUCCCUCCUGCAUCAGCUCACCUGUCAUUCUGGAAAGAUCCACCAAGUGGCCUUUAGUCCUGACAGUCGAAACAUCCUGAGUGUGGGUGAGGAUUUGUAUUUAAAGGUUACAGACGUACAGACAGGCACACUACUCUCUACAGUUUUAGCAGAGGAAGAACAGAGAUGUUUUUGUUGGGACGGCAGCAUUGUGUUGUCUGGAGGUCAGUCAGGGAACCUGCUCAUCUGGGAUCUUCUUACUAGCAAGAUCACACACAGGAUCCCUGCUCACUCUGGUCCCGUCUCUUGCAUUUGGAUGAAUGAGCAGUGCAGCACUGUCAUUACAGGAGGGGAAGAUAAACAGAUCAUGUUCUGGAAACCCCAGUAUUAGGACACACACAAGCGCACGCGCACAAACGUUCCCAUAACUAAAUGUGCUGGACACAAGUAUUCAGUUUGAAGCCUGAGGUACAUUUUCACACACCUGCUCUAUAGACCUGUGAGCAUAAAUAUGAUCCCAAGCAGAUACUACAAUUCUUACCUGAAUGCCGUUACACAAACUGAAUCAGGAAUCAAGUUCAUUUUACUGAUGCUCUUAUUGCAGUGAAAGUUUGUUUGAUAUUUAAAGUUCACCAUGCUGACCAUGCCUUUUUAGUGUUUUAUAUUAUCGUUUUAUCACUUUCAUUUUUAUUAGGAAGGAAUAUGAUGCCAUGUUCAUAAUUGUGGAAUGGGGGAUGUAUAUCUUAGAUCCGUAUACCUCAUUUACAUGGAGAAAUAUAAAUAUUAAUUGUCCAUAAACUGUUUAAUGGAGAACGUUCAUUUGCCUGUCACAAUAUAAAGUCGAUCUGUCCCCAAAAUUCCAGUCUGACAAUUUGUCUUGAUGGCUCAGAAGGAUUCUGAAUGUCAACAACUGCAUGUUUUUUCUUUGUUUAUUUUAGUUUAAAUAAAAUUAUCAUUUGACUUAGGUUAUAUUUAUGCUCACAAUAAAUACACAUUGCAAAGGCUGUGUACAAUAUUUAUCUUGAAGCAGCUGGCUUUUGUUUUAAUAUGUGAUGAACAUGGACAGAAUUUAAAUCUGAAGAAAAUCUAGACAAAAUUAACUGAAAUUUGUGCAUAUAUAAUUAAUCUGUUAAAAAAUAGUGUCAUCUAAAAGGAAAAAAAUUCAAAAAACUUUUUACACAUCUAUCUACAUGUAGAACGUGUGUCACGGCAUGUACUUCCAAAUAGCUGUAAGCGUACCAGCAUCGACCAGUGUUCAUGUUGUGCACUUUAGUGUUUGUGUUACUGCUGUGAUUAGUAUAAAACAUUGCUGUAGUGAGAGUCAUAAAAACUGGCCUUGGAGCUGCAGCAGAUUAAAUCAGGUUUAAAUUUAUUCCAAUCUGUAAUUAUAAUUAUGUCCAUUCAUGUACGACAUUAUGACCUUUAUUUUAUGUUCCUCUUAAUGCAGUUUACUAGAUAAGAUGAAGUACAUUGCCCAUACUGCAGUAAAAGAUGGGGUUUGUUUUGCACUUCACAUAUUUUUGGGUUUCCAUAUUGAAUAAAAUUUUAUGCAAUUUUUUGACCUGUACACCCAGAUGCAAGCAGAAAACUAUGCCUCUAUAUACUCAUAUUUAUUAUGUAUAAAUCUAUUGAUAUCAAGCCAUUAAGAGUAAUACACCUUGUUCAGCAAUAGUUACGCAACCAUGAAAACGCCUUUUGUGUGUAUAUAUGUACACAUAUAAAUAUACAUGCACAUGCUGAUCUUCAUUUUAUAUUUAUAUCUUAGUAAGAUCUUAGCUAAGAGAUUUUUGAUAGCUAGAAAAGUAAAUAAAAAAGCAACACCUUACAGGCAAUGCUUGUAAAAAUAAAAAUGAUCAUUCUUGUGCAAUAAUUAAAAGAAGCAAGACCUUAAUACGAAAUGUUCAAUUGUAUGAACUGUACAAAUAUAAAUAUGCAGUUUAAUCCCCCAUUUAAUGCUUAAUGUUUUAUUACAUUGUUUGUCUAUUAACGACUAACCUUUAUUUGUUGUUUUUUGUUUUUCAUUUUUAUAAUGGUCAUUUGUUUUUGUUUUUGUUUUUUUAUUUGAUAGUUAGUUUAUUAGUUAAUUAGCGGUUCCUAAGCUGAGCUUUUUGGGUGGUGUAGAUCAUUUUUAGGAAACCUGUUUGCUUUUUGUGUUUUGCACUAAAUAAAUGUUGUGUCCCUCAAA